AUGGGCAUGUGUCAUGUGUGCUUGGCUGAGGCUGCAUCGAUGUUAGGUUCGCCUCUCGAAAGCCCUGGCUAUGAUGCGAUUCUGGCUGCUUGCAGUCGUGGCAGAGCAUGGCAAGCGGUCUUGCAGCUCAGUGGCGCGAUGAGCAAGGCGGAGGUACUUUGGCCUUCUUCGGCCUUGCCCUGCUUGGCCUCGUUGAAUCGUCCCGUGCGGUUUGGUCACAUGGCUUGCGGUGCUCGCUUCGAGGCCUUGACCUUGGCCGGUCUUUGGGACGAGGUCCUGAAGCUCUUGGUGGAACUGCCGCAACUCUCCUUGCGGCCAUCCAGCGAGGCACUGAAGGCUGGCUUAGCUGCGCUGGAGCAAAUGGGCCACAAGGUGCAAGAAGGGGCCGGGCAUGGCCGGAUUGUGCAGCUCAAGUGCGACGAGCUUCGAUUCUCGCAGAGCAGCAUCAGUUCCAGAUUCCACAACGGGGAGUCUUUAAGAGUGAAGAUCGCUCAGCUUGUCGCUGGCGAAGCUUUGGGCCCCUGGUUUUGCCUCACCGUCGUAAGGUAUGGAGAGCACCUGCUUUGCAUGAGCAAUCGGCGCUUGUACUGCCUGCAGAGCUACCAGAGGUUGAGCCCUCAAUGGGACGGCAUGGUGGAGGUGGAGCUCUUCGAGUGGCCGGAGUUACACUCCAAGCCGGCUGUCUUUCAAGAAUUUGUUCAACAGCUGAACAAGGCUGAAGGAUACAGCUUUCAGGAUGUGACUCUGCGUCCCGGAGCGUCCUGA